UUUCAGUCUUGGCCUAAGUAUGAUGAUGUUCAUAAAAAAAUGCAUGCCCUUGCAGAAUUCAUGGACCUGCCUUGUUUUCCAGCUAUAACAGAGCGCAGUUUCCUUCAUCCAAACAUUCUUUGCAUGAAAUAUUUGAUGGAAGUUAACUUGCCUGAUGAUAUGAAUAAAUGGACUUGCAGAGUGGUAAAAAAAAUUGGUGUUGGUGAAACAGACUUUUUGACGCUCCAUCCUGGUAAUAAAUCAACUUGGAAAGUGAAAUAUGAUAUUCUUGCCAUAGCUGUUAUUAUAGUAGUGCUGAAAAUUCUAUUCUUGCUGGAUGAUGAAUAUGAGUGGCUGCUAGCAAACUAUGCAGAGGAAAGAAACAAAGAAGACAAAGAAGGUUGUCCAGUUUUUGAUAUUAGAAAAUGGUACAUGGUUGUAAAGAAUAUUCUGGAUGUGGAGCAGAAGAAAUUUAAUGAAGAAAGAAUCAGGCAUUUAUGGCGAUGCGAGAAGCCGUUAUUAUAUUCAGCCUCUGAAAAGCACGUUGUCCUCAAGAAAAAACAAGUAGUAAUGGAUCUUCAGAGACAGUUUCGUACCCUGACUGGCUGCCUGGACCUAACUGAGAAGCGAAAGCCUUCCCUUUUCCAGCUAAACUGGACUGAAGAAAGCACCAAAAAAAAUUGUUUUCAUGGGCACAGUCUCGCAGCAGUUUUGCAACAAAAAGCUGAUAUUUUUACACCUCUGAACAGAGACUAUUGGUUGUGUACAGUUAACAAGUUCAAGAAGGUGUGUGGUCAUAACGGACAGUACAGUGAAUCAGAUUUUCCCCAUACCUAUCAGUUUGUGCUAGAUCUGUUUUCCUUCCUCCUGAGAGUACAGCCAUCUCUCAUCCAUGAAGAAGUAUCUACGAUAGAACAUAAACUGUUUCAUUCCAAACUUCAUAUGAAGUCCAGAAUAUUCAAAGUUCAAAAAAAAUGAAAACUCGUAAGACCAGAGACUAUUGAGAUAGACUAAAGACCUGUAGUAACCAAAAAUAAUCCAUGUAAUUUUCAUGCUCCAUUUCAUUCAUUCCAUGGGAAUCAUCAGGUUAAGACAGAUGCAUCCUUCCUGCAAUUAGUUUAUAUUUAGGUCAGCUUCAGAAAUCAUACUCCCAACAACCAAGCUUUAUGAGAGAAGAAACCAGUGGUGAGUUUUAACACUACCUCUGUUCUCUCAGGUCUCUCCUGCCCUAGGAGCCUUGGUUUUGUAGAAGAUUAAUCAGUUGUUAAACAACAGUUUUCUCUGAAAUGCAUAUAAUACUGGUAAGCCCCCAUUCACAUCCAGUCUGGGAAACUUUUGAUUGUAUGAUGCAUACAAAGUGGGCUUGCAAGCUAAAUUUGUUGGACUGGUAAUAUGUUUGAACAUCCAUACAUUCAGGGAAGUUGCAGAAAAGAGGAGAUCUGACUGAUUACCAAUUUUUUUUUCCUGUGCAGUACCAAUGAUAUUGUAAAGUGUUCAUACAUUUAUUUAUAUUGUAUAAUAUAAACAAUAUAGAUAUUUUCUUUAUAUACCUUUAUAAUGUUUUCCUUAUUAAAAUGUUUAAAAAU